AUGGCAGGUAAUUCACUGUUACGCAAUAUGAUCAAUCAAAACGAUCCUAAAAUGGAACAACAAUCGAAACAUCGAGUAUUAUUUGAUUAUUCAUUGUCAACACCGUUACAUCCACCAAAACCAGUAUGGUCUUCAAAACGACUUGAUAAAAUGUCUUCCUCACAUCAACAUCAUCAUCAUCAUCGAGCAUCGAGUACACGUCCAACAAGACGUAUACUAAUAGUUGCACCAUUACAUGCACAUCGAUCAACAAGUGCUCCACCUCGAUAA